AUGGAAUCUUCAACAGAACCAAAUUUACCAUUAAAAGCAGAAAGUGCUUCAAUUGGAAUUUCAAUAACCGACACUUGUAAUACAACAAAUUUAACCAGUAAUAAUAAUAAUAAUAAUAAUAAUAAUAAUAAUAAUAAUAAUAAUAAUAAUCCAAAUAAUAAUAAUAAUAAUAAUCCAAAUAAUAAUAAUAAUAAUAAUCCAAAUAAUAAUAAUAAUAAAAAUAAUCCAAAUAAUAAAAAUAAUAAUUUAAUUGUUGAUAAUAUAGUUGAUUAUAAUAAUUUAACAGUAUCACCAUUACCACUUAAUAGAAGUAGAAGUAAUAGUAUGAAUAGUGGACCAACAGUUCAUGUAAUUAGUAGUACUACUGGUAGAGGUAGAAGUAGUAGUAUGUCAAAUAAUAGUAUGGUGAUUAAUCAACCUUGUGGUAGUACUAUUACUACAACCAAUAUCAAUUCCAAUACCAAUAAUAAUAGUAGUAGUAGUAGUAGUAGUAGUAAUAGUUAUUAUAAUUAUUUUAGUAGAAAGAGUAAAAAUAAUAAAAAAAUUAAAGUACCAAGUUCACCAGAAUCAAUUGGAGGUAUGGGAAUAAUGGGAGGUGGUAUUGAAGGUGGUGAUAAAUAUUCAUUCGUUUUAACAGCAUCACCAUCACCAAAUACCUAUUUCAAUAAUAAUAGUGUAAAUAAUAAUUUGGCAAACUUUUCAUUAACCGAUGAAGGAUAUCUUGAUACGAUCGCACAUGAGAAUUUAAAAGAUCCAGCAACAUUAAUUAGACAAAGAGAGAUAUCAAGUGAAUGGACAAGUAAAAUCAUACCAACCAAUUGUACAACCGAUCAAGCUAGAAAGAAUCUAAAAGCAUUAAUAAGAAAAGGUAUACCAGAUAAAAAAAGAAACCUAGUUUGGAAAGCGAUCAUUGGUACAAAUGAAGCCGACCAAACUCAUUGUUACAAUAGUGCAUACUCUUCAUCAUUUGGUGAUGAAUCAGAUCCAAACAUUAGAAAUAUACCAGCCUUUGGUGGUUUAUUCUCACCAUCAGAUCAUUUAAUCACUGAACAGGGUGUAAAACAAGUUAAAUCCAUUCUAAACCUUAUUCAUACAAAUUCACAUGUUGAAUAUUGUCCACAAAUCUCUGACCUUGUACAUAUUUUAAUCUCCUUUAUGUCAGAAGCAAACACAUACACCACAACUUCAUUAAUCUUAAAAGAUGCUGAAGAAAAUAGACCUCAUAGAUUCUUAAAUAUUGAUAAAAAAGAAUGUGCUAAAUUUGUUCAUUCUUUUGAUCAUUUAAUUGAAUUACAUUUACCAAAACUUCAUAGACAUAUGAUUACAAUUGGUUUAACAAAUUCAUUUGUAUUUUCAGAUGAAUGGUUUUCAAGAUUAUUUGUAUCAUUUUUACCAUAUAAUACAGUUUUAAGAAUUUUUGAUAUUUUAUUAAAUGAAGGUUAUAAAGUUUUAUAUAGAAUUGGUUUGGCAUUAUUAAAAACUCAUAAAAAACAAUUAAAGAAACAAAAGGAUAUUGAAAAGUUUUUGUCAACUUUAAACAAAUUAAAUUUACAAAUGUUUGAUGCUGAUGCUUUAAUUAAAGUUGCUUUUGAAAGUAUCUCUUUAAAAAGAAGUCAUUUAGAAGAUAUCAAUGAUAAACAAAAUCAUAAAGUUAAAGAUGUACCUGAACCCGCACCAAUUUAUUAUAGAUCAAAAAUUACAAUACCUUCUGUAAUUUUAAAUUCUGAUGAUUUUGAAUUAAUUUGGGCAUGGUUACCACCAAGAUUAUCAGUUGCAACACCAAGAAAAUUAUUCAAUUCAGUUACAGAUGGUAAUAAUGUUAGAUUAUUAUUUGAAAGUUUAGUUGAACAUACUUGUAUUUUAGUAGUUUUAAAAUCUGAUAAUGGAAGUAUUUUUGGAUUUUAUAGUGACUCUGAAGUUCAACCAAAGUUUGGUUUUGGUGAUAGAAAUGUCUUUUUAUUCACUCUUAAACCUCAUGUUCAUGUUUAUAAACCAACUGAAAAAAAUCAAUUAUAUACAAGUUUUAAAGAACAAUCAAUUUCAAUUGGUCAUUCAAAUUUGGGAGAGAUAGGAUUAUUUAUUGGUGCAGAUUUAAAUGGUAAAACUGGUGCCACGGAAACUUUUGGAAACCCAUGUUUGAAUGAUAAAGAUCAACAUACUUUCCAAACUAUUGUUUUAGAAGCAUUCACAAUUGAACAAUAA